AUGCCUACAACGCAGCGAUCCAGAAGUCUCUCGCAAAGUCCCGAGCCUUCAUCCCACAAGAGCAGCAAUUGCUCUACGCCUCCCAAAAGAGGUAAAGCAAGCGCAAAGGAUGCCGAGUGGUCUGAGGUUACAGACCCGGAAGAAAGGAGGCGGAUACAGAACCGCAUUGCACAACGCAAGUUCCGGGGCAAAGUUAAAGAGCAAAAAGAAAAGGCAGAGCGUGAAGCAAAAGACAAAGAAAAUGCUGGCAACAGCUACCGUAUUCCCGAAGCAGACGAUAUCGACACAGAGCCAGAACCGUCAGGUCUGCCAUGGGGCAGCGUGAGCCUGAGUCACAUCGUAUCCCGGGGACAUGAAGCUGAAAGCCGAAAGAGCAGCGGGCAGGGAACAUACCUAGAAGACAGCUUUGUCGCUAGGAAUUAUUCCUCAUCCUUCAGCUCAGACGUGCGCCAAACUGCUAGUUAUGGCAGCAGCGGAGCCAACGAUAACUACUUGGAUGAGAAUUCCUACGUUUACGAUGGGCCUAGCUUUGGCCACCCUUAUCCCAUGCUUCCAUGA